UCUAAAAGUUGGAGGAGAGCGAAGUACAAUCUUUGUUAUGACUAUGGCCGAAGAAAAUACCCAGUUUUGCAGUAAUUGCAAGCAUGACAUUCCAGAAGCCAACUUUACAACACAUGAGAUCCACUGUCGGCGGAAUAUUGCUCUUUGUGAGGUGUGCCAGGAGCCUUUUCCUCAUGCUGAGCUUGUGCAGCACAAAGAGAUGGACCAUGCAGAGGAACAGUGCAAAUGUGGAUUAAAGAUAGAGAAAAGAUUCAUGGAGGUCCACCAGAGGUCAGAGUGCAGUCAUCGACUGGUCCCGUGUCAGUUCUGUGAUCUGGAGGUGGCCUCCUUUCAGGCUAAAGAGCACGAGGAUUACUGUGGGACCCGCACAGAGCCCUGCCCCAUCUGCAAGUGUAACGUUAUGCUGAGAGAACAACACAUCCAUCCAGCCCUGUGCGGAAGUCUGACUCCACCUCAGGAGAGGCACAGUAGUAGGGCAGGGGCUCAGUCUCCUGGAGCAUGGUUUGAGGCGCAUUCAAUCCAUAACCUAAUACACAAUAAUAACAGCACGGGGGCAGCAGAACGCAGGGGUCCACCACGACCCUUGGAGGACAGACUACACAACAGCACCAGAGGAACAGUGAGGGGAGGAACCAGGAGAAACGCAGAAACGAGGAACAGUGAUUUUUCUUAUUUGCUGGAUCAGGAAACGGAGCUGGGGAACAACAACAACAACAACCUGCUGUGGUCUCUGGGACAACUGCCAGACUAUGAGUCCUCCAGUCUGGACUACAUGCUGGCCCUCAGCCUGCAGAGUGAAGGUGACUUGGAGGACCCCCGUCAGGAGGGCGUGUGGACUGAUGUGUGGGACCGUCGCCUGGGAAGGACACCAGCCCAUAGCAAUCUCACUUCCCAGCUCUCCUCCAACACUAAAAACAACUGCACUGCAGCCUCCCCUAAAAUCAAUCCGACCGUGGGCCACAGCCCCUCCUCAAACAUCAUGCUACCUUGUGAGUUCUGUGAAGAGCUCUUUCCAGAGGAAGACCUUAUCUUACACCAGACCGGCUGCAGCCCAGCCUCGGCUAUUGCUUCCUUCAGUAAACAAGCUCCUUCUCUUCAAAAUGAAGAAAUCAUCACUCAAGGGGCUAGUCAUGUCAUUCCUCCUCACACACCCAGUCCGUCCACCCUGCCCCUCUCCGUUUCGCCGCUCUCCUACAGUUCCUCCUCCAGCCCCGCUGAGGGCGACGUACUCAUUCCUUGUGAGUUUUGUGGUGUUGCCUUGGAAGAGGAUGUGCUCUUUCACCAUCAGGACAAGUGUGACCUCCGGCCCCAGACAGCUUAUUCAAUCGACGGAUUGUCUCCACUGAAACCACACCACACCACCAAAGAGGCCCACGAGAGGCAAAGAAGGGUGAGACAUCAAGCUGACCCUGAUGAGGAGCUCCUGCAGCAGACGGCUCACGGGUGGCAGAAAGGCACCUCAGGUUUGGACCAGUGGCUGCCCUCAGCCUACAGUAACACAAAGAACACGAAUGCUGAGCAGCAGGUGAAGAGCAGGAACCAAAGUGGCAGAGCAGUAGAAGCCAACACGUACCUCAAUGACAGCCUCAAGCCCCGUUCUACAACCACUUCGGGACCUCCACACAGAGGAAGACUGGAAGGUAGAAGGAGUGAUAAAAACACAGAGACACCGAAGGUGCCUAAAAAACAUAAUGUUGAAAAAGAGGAGGAGUAGAAAAGGGGAAAGAGUCUCGCCAAUCUUCUGAGUCUCUGUAACUUAAAGCAGUGACCUGUUAUUACUGUCUAUAGACUAUUAUGUUUGUGUCUGUAAAAAAAUGUACGUCCAGGUGAAUUUAUCAAUUCUA